AUGUCGGGCGAAAAGAAAACUACCAAAUCUUCCUCUUCCUUCCUCGCUGACUUUUUGAUGGGUGGCGUUUCUGCUGCUGUCUCAAAGACGGCUGCUGCCCCAAUUGAACGUGUCAAGCUUCUUAUCCAGAAUCAAGAUGAGAUGCUCAAGUCCGGUCGUCUUGCUACACCCUACAAAGGCAUUGGUGAAUGUUUCACCCGAACAAUAAAAGAAGAAGGCUUUAUCUCCCUUUGGCGUGGUAACACUGCCAAUGUUAUUCGAUAUUUCCCUACUCAAGCCUUGAAUUUUGCGUUUAAGGACAAGUUUAAGCGAAUGUUUAAUUAUAAAAAAGAUAAAGAUGGCUAUGCUAAAGUUUUUCUCGGUAACAUCGCAUCUGGUGGUGCUGCUGGUGCUGUUUCUUUGACUUUUGUAUACUCGCUUGAUUAUGCUAGAACUCGUCUUGCUAACGAUGCUAAGAAUGCUAAAAAGGGAGGUGAACGUCAAUUUAAUGGUCUUAUCGAUGUCUAUCGCAAGACACUUAAGUCAGAUGGUCUCAUCGGUCUUUACAGAGGUUUCAACAUUUCAUGCGUCGGCAUUAUAAUUUAUAGAGGUCUUUAUUUCGGUAUGUUCGAUUCUUUGAAGCCAAUAGUUCUUACUGGUGGACUUAAAGACAGUCUCCUUGCAUCAUUCUUGCUUGGUUGGAGUGUGACCAUUGGAGCAGGUCUUGCAAGUUAUCCCAUAGAUACUAUACGCCGUCGUAUGAUGAUGACUUCUGGCGAAGCUGUAAAAUAUAAAUCCUCGCUUCAUGCCUUUAAAGAAAUCAUAGCUAAAGAAGGACCAAAAUCUUUGUUCAAGGGUGCUGGUGCUAAUAUUCUCCGUGCCAUUGCUGGUGCUGGUGUGUUGGCUGGCUAUGAUAAACUUCAAGUAAUAUUCCUUGGUAAGGCCUAUUCUGGUGGUUCUGGAUAA